GCGGCGCUGCGCUCGUGCUCCGAACCACCUCCCGGUGCACAUCGCGUCGCGAGCGAGGGGGUCUCCAGCAUGUAGAUCCCACAACAAUCGGGGCGUCUCGUGCUGCGGCGCGGUCCUCAUUAGGAAUUACCGAGCGCCGCCGCAACAGCAGCAUCAGCAUCAGUAUUUAUACUGAAAGCGUCCCGAUUUACAUCGCAAUGUCUUCAUUAAUGCGCUCAUUGUCAUGUGCUCCUCACAGGCGAUUUUCCUCCGAACAAGCCGAACUCUGAUUUUUCACUAAAAAACACAAAAGCUGGUUUUUAUUAGUGAACCGCAGCCGAGAAUCCUGCAGAUUGUUCCUUUCUCUCUUUUUUAUGGUAUAGAAGUAAAUGCAACAUUUUCUCAGUAUUUUCUUGCCCAUCCCGUAACGUCCUUGGAGCAUGGCCUGGUGACCCAUACCAGGUAGUCAUAUCGUCAUCUGGGAUUACAAACAAGGCUGUUGGAAACUUUCUAACCGGGACGUCUUCCAGAUCUUGACAAGAACAGUGUGCAUUCUUGGUUGCAUGAACUUUGACAUCUGAUCUCUGACCUUUAGUAGCUCUUCUUUUUCUUUCUCGGAAAUUUUUCAUUGCCAGUCUACAUCACCAUCCGUUUGCCAAUUACCAGAUUUAAAUCACAUUUCUUGCCCCUUUGAGGGACAGAGAAGAGGAAGAGAAUUCAUACUGCUCAAACCAGAAAAAAGCCAACGGUUAAAAAACGACAUUCAUUUCGCCGAGGUCCAUCGUUCUUUUUUUAACACCUCCUUCCUGGUAUGGAGAAUUAGUCAAUUUUUAACGUGGAAGACGUUGUGGUCCAGGGGAAAAAUUGGCCAAAUUAUAGAUAUUUUGCUUCAAGAAGAUAUUUUCCUUCAAAGGAAUCAGAAAGCAAAGAGUGUUUCUAAAAAAAGUGAGCGUCAGAGAAGCAGGAGAAGUGCAGAAGACCCCAAGCAAAGUUCUUCCAUAGUGCAAAUAUGGGGGAUUUUACCAACAGCACAGUGGAGUUUUAUCCCAAGAGCCAGCGGGGCAGUGGUGCUGUUAGCAGGGGGUCUGAUGCCAGUCAUUCUGGUGGCUUUGGGGUCACCCUGGAGGAACUGCGGGUGCUUAUGGAGCUGAGGGGGGCUGAGGCACUGCAGAAGAUCCAGGACAGCUACAACAGCACGGAAGGGCUCUGUCAGCGGCUCAAGACCUCACCCACAGAGGGUCUGUCGGAUAGUCCUGCAGGACUGGAGAAGCGAGGGCAGGUGUUCGGGCAGAACUUCAUCCCACCAAAGAAGCCCAAGACCUUCCUGCAGCUGGUGUGGGAGGCUCUUCAGGAUGUCACGCUCAUCAUCCUGGAGAUGGCUGCCAUCAUCUCCCUUGCCCUGUCCUUCUACCAACCACCUGGGGAAGAGAGUGAAGUCUGUGGAAAGGGGACUGGGGGUGCGGAGGAUGAGGGUGAGGCCGAGGCAGGUUGGAUCGAGGGGGCAGCCAUCCUGCUGUCGGUCAUCUGUGUAGUGCUGGUGACAGCCUUCAAUGACUGGAGCAAGGAGAAGCAGUUCCGUGGGCUGCAGAGCCGCAUCGAGCAGGAGCAGCGAUUCGCUGUGGUGCGCAACAGCAACGUCAUCCAGAUCCCCGUGGCUGACAUGGUGGUGGGCGACGUGGCGCAAGUCAAAUAUGGAGACCUCCUCCCGGCUGAUGGGAUCCUGAUCCAGGGUAAUGACCUAAAGAUUGAUGAAAGUUCGCUGACUGGGGAGUCUGAUCACGUCCGCAAGUCUGUUGACAAGGACCCCAUGUUGUUGUCAGGCACGCAUGUCAUGGAGGGCUCCGGGAGGAUGCUGGUCACUGCCGUGGGAAUCAACUCUCAAACUGGAAUCAUCUUCACUCUCCUGGGAGCAGGGGAGGGGGAGGAGGAGAAGAAGGACAAGAAAGAGGGCAAUAGUAACACAGCUACACUGCAACCUCCUGCAGUCGAAGUCAAACAGAGCAGCAUCACUAAUGGCAAGCAGCAGGACGGGGCGGUGGAGAACAAUCAGAACAAAGCCAAGAAGCAGGAUGGGGCAGUGGCUAUGGAGAUGCAGCCGCUCAAGAGUGCGGAAGGUGGAGAGGUGGAGGAGAAGGAGAAGAAGAAGGCAAACGUGCCCAAGAAAGAGAAGUCUGUGCUCCAGGGCAAGCUGACCAAGCUGGCCGUGCAGAUCGGGAAAGCAGGCCUGGUGAUGUCCGCCAUCACUGUUAUUAUUCUGCUGCUCUACUUUGUGAUCGAGACAUUCGUGGUGGAGAGGAGGGUCUGGCAUCCAGAGUGUACGCCCGUGUACGUGCAAUAUUUCGUCAAGUUCUUCAUCAUUGGUGUCACCGUGCUUGUGGUGGCUGUGCCAGAGGGGCUCCCACUGGCUGUCACCAUCUCGCUGGCCUACUCUGUGAAGAAAAUGAUGAAGGACAACAACCUGGUGCGGCACCUGGAUGCAUGCGAGACGAUGGGCAAUGCCACGGCCAUCUGCUCUGACAAGACGGGCACCCUGACCACCAACCGCAUGACGGUGGUGCAGGCCUACAUUGGCGACCAGCGCUUUCAUGAGAUCCCUGAUCCCAGUCAGGUCAAUGCCAAGACCCUGGAGGUGUUGGUCAGUGCCAUUGCAGUCAACAGUGCCUACACCUCCAAGAUCAUGCCUCCAGACACUGAGGGCAGCUUACCCAAGCAGGUGGGCAACAAAACAGAAUGUGCCCUGCUAGGCUUUGUGCUGGAUCUGAAGAGGGACUAUGCCACUGUGAGAGAGCAGAUCCCCGAGGAGAUGCUCUACAAGGUCUACACCUUUAACUCUGUGCGGAAGUCCAUGAGCACUGUGGUGCGGCUGCCUGAUGGCUCUUUCCGCCUCUACAGCAAGGGUGCUUCUGAGAUCGUACUAAAGAAAUGCGCCUUCAUUUUGGAUGCGGGGGGUGAGCCACGCAGCUUCCGCCCAAGGGACCGUGAUGAGAUGGUGAAGAAAGUAAUUGAGCCCAUGGCCUGUGAUGGCCUGCGCACCAUCUGCAUUGCCUUCCGGGACCUGUCUGCCAACCCAGAGCCCGACUGGGACAACGAGGCUGAAAUCGUCACUGAGCUCACCUGCAUCGCUGUGGUGGGCAUUGAGGAUCCUGUUCGGCCUGAGGUCCCGGAAGCCAUCCGGAAGUGUCAACGGGCUGGCAUCACAGUGCGCAUGGUCACAGGUGACAACAUCAACACAGCACGCGCUAUUGCUGCCAAGUGCGGAAUCAUCCAGCCUGGAGACGACUUCCUGUGUUUGGAAGGGAAGGAUUUUAAUCGGCGCAUCAGGAACGAGAAAGGGGAGAUAGAGCAGGAGCGCAUUGACAAGAUCUGGCCCAAGCUGCGGGUCCUGGCUCGCUCCUCCCCAACAGACAAACACACACUGGUGAAAGGCAUUAUAGACAGCACCGUGAUGGAGCAGCGACAGGUGGUGGCUGUGACUGGAGAUGGAACCAAUGAUGGACCUGCUCUCAAAAAGGCAGACGUUGGCUUUGCCAUGGGCAUUGCUGGCACAGAUGUUGCGAAGGAAGCCUCUGACAUCAUCCUCACAGAUGAUAAUUUCUCUAGCAUAGUGAAGGCGGUGAUGUGGGGUCGCAACGUCUACGACAGCAUCUCCAAAUUCCUGCAGUUCCAGCUCACAGUCAACGUUGUGGCCGUCAUCGUGGCCUUCACAGGGGCCUGCAUCACACAAGACUCCCCUCUGAAGGCGGUGCAGAUGCUAUGGGUGAACCUGAUCAUGGACACCUUUGCCUCGCUGGCGUUGGCCACGGAGCCACCGACAGAGUCCCUGCUGCUUCGCAAGCCCUACGGCCGUAACAAUCCGCUCAUCUCCCGCACCAUGAUGAAGAACAUCUCGGGCCACGCUGUCUACCAGCUCACUGUCAUCUUCACCCUGCUGUUUGCAGGAGAAAAGAUAUUUAACAUCGACAACGGCCGCAAGGCCCCCCUGCACUCGCCUCCCUCAGAACACUACACCAUCAUCUUCAACACUUUCGUGCUCAUGCAGCUCUUCAACGAGAUCAACGCCCGCAAGAUCCAUGGAGAGAGGAAUGUGUUUGAUGGAAUAUUUAGCAACCCUAUAUUCUGCAGUAUUGUGCUGGGUACAUUUGCUGUGCAGGUUGUGAUCGUCCAGUUUGGGGGGAAGCCAUUCAGCUGCGCCCCUCUCAAUGUAGAGCAGUGGCUGUGGUGCCUGUUCGUGGGUGUGGGGGAGCUGCUGUGGGGACAGGUGAUCGCCACAGUGCCUACGAGCCACCUUAAAUGCCUGAAGGAGGCAGGCCACGGGCCGGGUACAGAUGAUAUUCUGGAUGAGGAGCUGGCUGAGGAUGAGGAGGAGAUUGACCACGCGGAGAGGGAGCUGCGCCGCGGACAGAUCCUCUGGUUCCGAGGCCUCAACCGCAUACAAACACAGAUGGAGGUAGUGAGUACCUUCAAGAGAAGUGGUUCGUUUCAGGGUGCAGUGCGACGGCGCUCCUCAGUUCUGAGCCAGCUCCAUGACAUCCGAGUGGUGAAGGCCUUCCGUAGCUCCCUGUACGAUGGCAUCGAGAAGCCGGAAUCGAGAAAUUCCAUCCACGAUUUCAUGGCGUACCCCGAGUUCCUCAUAAACGACUUCAUCCACAACAUCCCUCUGAUAGACGACACGGACGUCGACGAGGAGUCGGAUCUGUCCAAGCACAACCACGUGCACCUGGUCCUGCAGCCAUCCCACCCCCAGUCUCAGCCUCAGCGCUCCCGGCUGCCCUCGCACCCUCACCGACAGUACAGCCUCCCCGUCUCCCCCAACCAAAACAACAACGCUGUUGACAGCGGCGUCUUUUUGACCCCGACGGACAAUGGUUGUUUCACCUCCACCAACAGCCGCUGCAGCCCAUUACACAGUAUGGAGACGUCCCUAUAACUGCCCGGGAAGGGGGUGGGGGUGGGGGUCACGCACAGAGACGGCAGGGAUGUGAAACACCUUGGAGGACAAUGCUGUCGCAACCACAACUAAAAGGCCCUUAGACGGAAGCGGUGGGAGAGAGGAGCAGCAGCAGACCUGUGAUCUCUUUCCUCUUGUGGACCCGUUCCUGCAGAUUAACAUUUCCACAGCAUCCCCACCAUGCUGCCCACUCCUCUGCCCCCCUCCCCCCCCCCAGGUUCCAGGUUCACACCUCCACCUGCUCACCUUCAGCUGCUCCUCACAAGCUGGGACUGGGGACUGGGGACUGACUCUUGUCUCUGCGGUGGGACAUCUGACUGGAAGAGGGACACAGGGAACAAUACUUGCAGGUGAAGCAGGACUGGAUUGGUGUAAACCUCUGCUCUUCUCAAAGAAAGACUUGUGGGAGGGGUAACGGAAUUUAUUCAUUCAGCUUUUUAUCAAUAUAAUUGUUCAGAUUAUUAUUAUCACUGCUAAUGCUACAACUGCUUUGACUACAGUUACUAUAUUGCAGUUAUUAAUGCUUUUAUGUAUUAGCUCUAUAUAGUCAAUUUUUCAUUUAUGUUUGUAGAUAUGUAUGUUUGUAUGUAUGUAUUUAUUUCUGUGUUGUCGGCUCAUUUGCUUUUAAUUUU